AUGAAAAUUUGGUUGCUUCUGGUGGCCGCCAUCUCGGCUUACGCUAAUAAGGAUCCUCCGGAAUCGAAUCAUCGUCUAUAUGGUGGUGAAAACUACCCAACAGAUGCGCUCCAUCGCACUUCCGCAGCCGCCUCGUUCCGCCGCCGAUUCGAUCGGAAUGCUGGAGGAGGUGAUCUGGCGACCCACGUGAAUUAUCUCCAAAUGAUGGCCCGUAUUACCAAUGGAAUCCAUAUUCUUAAAAGUGGAAUGGAUAAAUCCCUGGAUUCCGAUCAGUUCAUAUCUGAAAUCCUUCAUUUUGGAGAUGUCACACCAGCUCAAAUUAUUGCUCUUAAUCCUGCGCAGGAUAUGAAGAGCCGUCUGGAAAGUCUUCCGGAGGAAUUAAAGGCUACGGAUAAUGCUGAAAAAGUGGAGCUUGCGUUUGAUUGGUUGAAAAAAGUGCUAACUGAGAUUGAUGGAAUUGGAGAUAUACGGGAAUGGAAAGAAGGAAAUGAUAAAUUUAAAAAAGAAAUUGAACGACUUGGAAACCAUGGGAUCCCUAGUUUUGUUCUCAGUCAAAUAAAUAUUGCUGCUUCAACAUGGACAAGCUAUUGGACGCAAAUUUCUGCAAUAGAUUCGCAACCUACACCAGAAAUUUUGAAUGAAGUAAAGAGUGCUGUUUCAAAGCUGAAAGAAAACAUCCCGAAAUUUGAAACUUCCGGUCCAUUCUGGUCAUUUAACAACUUUUCAUCUGCAAUCGAUGGAAUCUCUCCAGUGCUGAAAACUGCUGAAGCAGUGAAGUUUUUCGUUUCCGCCUCGACUGAAAUUUCAUUCAGACCAGAAGAGGGAUUAAAAUACAAUGACUAUCUGGAUUCAGCUAUCAAAAUACUGAACGAUACUACAAGAAGUUCCACUGAUUUCCAAAUGGUCUCAAAGCUUGCAGCUGCUCGUGAAAUAAAAAAUCUUCAUGGACAACUGAAACACACAUUCGGAUUUUUUAAUGGUCCUUCGGAUUUCGCACAACUAUCGGCUGAUGUCCUGGAUCCAUGGAUUCUCAACGUGGUUAAAACAAAAAGUUUGAAAACUGCAUUAGAUCACCUAGUCGGAACAUCAACUCAACUAAAAAAGAUUGAUAGUUCACUUGGAGGAAACUUGAAUGGAGUUAAGAAUUUUUUGGAUUUUCUCAGUUCAAUUUCUACUGCUCUUACUAACAUCAUUGAUGCUAAACUUGGAGUUCCACAAGGACACAAUUGUUCUACAGUAAUCAAAUCAAUUGAUUCAAAACCAUUUAAUACACUCCUCGAAACGUUGAAAGGUAUUGACAAGAAACUGGCUGAGUUGAAGAGCAUAACGGAUGAAAUAUCAACACUCAUUAAGACUCCUGGAAUCAUUCAAAUGUGUGACGAUGUUAUAGCGAUUUUUGAGAAACUUGCAGCCGACAAUACUAAAAUCAAAUCAGUUCUUGAGAAUUUCCAGAAAUAUCCAAAUACAAAAGCACUGAAUGACUUUUUCACUCGAUUCACAGCAUUGAAUGCUCGAAUCAUCAAUUUGAACUUAAAUAGUAUUAAAACUGAAGCAACAAAUGCGACUAGCAACAUGAUUGCUUUGAGUACCUAUCAAAACAAUUUAGGUGAUUAUGCAGAUUAUUUUGUUUGUCUUCAAAACCAAGCAAAUCUGAAAGCUGUCUUCAAGGCUCUAGAUGGACUCAAUCGGAUUCGGAAGUGGAACAACGACAAAAAGUAUUCUGGUGCACUGACCGAUGGAAUCAAUACGAUGAGUAAAGUGGUUGGCAUCAAAGGAGAUUUGGAAACGCUUCAGAAGUCAAUUGGAUCGUUGUCAGACUUAAAGACUAAGGAGACCGACGCGUUGAAAGAACUCAAAGAUGCUCCAAUAAUAUCGCAGAACAUUGGAAAAGCUGUACAAGGACUGGCUGAGAUGAGUUUGGCACUGGAAAAACGGGCUGAUGUGGAGAAGAAGUUUGAUGACAUCAAAGUGGUUUCGGAUAACAAGGCAAAUGUGAAGGAUCCUGGAGACUUGGCUAGUCUGAAUAAGUUGGUGAGCUUACCCGGAAUGCUUCAGAAGAUGUAUGAGUCUUUGGUUAAUUUCGAUAAGACUGUUGGAUCUUUUGUGCGCUCGAAUACAUUUGCCAAUCAGUCUGGAAUCUUCGAGAAGGCUAAACAGGUAUCCGGUGUCACUGGCGACUUUUCCAGAAUGAGCGUGGCAGUUGGCAAUCUGAAGCAGACAGUUGUUGGUGGUGACGCAGAUAAGUUGAAAGAGAUAGAAGACGCGUUGAAGACAAUGGAUUCUUUGGAUUUGAAUUUCGCUGGAUUUCACAAGGAUUUCAAUGAAUCCAAAAAGUCACUGGAAGAGCUCGACGUCUUCUUCGCCGGAUUCUUUGCGAAAUUCCAGCCGAUCUCUGCUACCAUUGCUCCAGGACAAACUCAACCAACGGGGAGUCCGUAUGUGACAGUUUUGAUUCAACGACCAUGGACUAGUACUCAAGGGGGUGAGGACGGAACCAGUGAUUUUGUCUUCUACGGAAGUAUUGCGGGUGGAGUGUUUCUAUUUUUGGUUUUCGUUGUUCUCCUGCAUCUCUGUCUUCACAUAUGGUGCCGAAAAUGUUUAGUCGAUCAUUAUUGGUUCAAAUGUAUCAGAUGGAAACCGUCACCCGAAAUGUUAAUCGAAUAUUUCCAAGAUUUUUGUUAUGGACACUAUUCGGGACUUUCGGAUGACAUCGAAUAUAAUAGAGAAAACUCGGGUGUGCUCACUUACCUCUUCUACACGAAAUUCUAUGAAACUGAUAAGACACAAGUAUUCAAUGUGGACCCUGUUGAGAUUAAAGUAACAGACUGCAGAUUUUCCAAACCUCUUGGUAACAAUAAUAGACCUGCUCUCAAAGGCUGUGAAAAUCGCUUUAACAACACAUUUUUGCAUGCAACAUGGGCCCGAUUUCAUACCGCCAGGAGUUGGUGGUUUACACAAGGGCCACAGAAAAAGAGUGCCGGCAAAAACUCAACUAUCGAGAAACUGUUCUGGCUGGCGAAACAGGAGAAGACUCAGAGUAUGGUGAUGUUGUGCGCAUUGGAAGAAAAUGGAGCGAUUUUGUGUGAUCGUUACUAUCCUGAAAAAGAAGGAGAGUCAAUGGAAUUCGAUAAGCUCAUUGUCAAUUGUAGCAAGCUGGAAACUCUAUUCGAUAAAACUCUUCAAGUUCGUACACUGGAUGUUAAAUUUGACACCGAAAAGCAAUUCAGUCUCACUCAUUAUGCAUUGAAAAAUUGGCCAGAAAACGGUUACCCAACAGACUUGGCUCCUCUAAUUUAUUUGUACAAUAAACUCCAGAAAGAUAAAAACCCGGCAAUUGUUCACUGUUCGGAUGGCUGUAAGAGAACUGGCCCGUUUGGAUUAGCUGCCAUUGCUUAUGACGAAUUGAGAAAACAGCGAACAUCUGCAUUUCUCAAAACAUCCUUGGCGUGUAUAAAAUCUCAAAGAGUCGGAUCGAUUGAGACUCCGAAAGACUACGCGUUUGGUGGACGUCUUUGUUUGGAAAUCUUGGCAAAGAAAGCAAAACUCAACGAUGAACAAAAAGAAGUUUACGAGGACUUGAAAUUUGGAUGGGAGAACUAUGAAAAGGGAAAAGUGCAAUAUGAAAGAAUGAGAGAAACGACGACGGCAAAAUCAAGCACUACAAAAAUCUGA